AUGACGCGCCCAGCAUUAUUCACGACGGCCCUGGGCCUGCUGCUCCUGCUGCAGCUGCUGGGCUUCGCGACAGCGGCGUCCAAACCGAAGCUGAAGUUCUGCACCAAGGACAAGGCCGUCGCCAAGUGCGUCUCGGCCGUCAACAAGCACGUCAAGACGACCAUUGUGUCCAAGUACUGCUCCUCCGUCCUGCAGUGCCCGCCCGAUAGCACGACGACGCUCAAAGGCACGGUUACAACGACGAGGACCAAGACGAAGAACGGCGGCGCCGUUCCAUGGACCGAGGCGACCAUAGUUUCGACGACUACGUGGACGUUCGACUACACCGAAACCACUUACACGGCCAUUGCGACGUCAACCGAGAGGCCGACGUGGACCGUAGAGAAAUUCGAAGUAACCACACUGGCACUCAACAAGAGGGAACCCAAAAAGCACCAUGACCCCAACCCGAAGAACAAAAUGUUCCCUCUCAGAGUCAGGGCGUCGUGCGACGAGGCGGUCCAGGAGAAGGCGUGCGCGUGUCUUCACACCUGCCCCCCCGUCGUCACGAAAGACGAACGGAAGACCGUCAAAACGGUGGAGAAGGAGUUUGUCUAUACUUAUUCGACGGUAUACGAACCAUAUACAGAGACAGAGUAUGCGCCGAUCUACCACACAGAAGUCAUAUCUUAUACUGACACCGAAGUGGCCGAGAUCUUCGCGACGAACACAAGGACGGCGACAUGCACGCCUUCGGUGUCGAACCCCUCGUUCUACCUGUCGGCCACCAUGACGUCGUACCCGUCCAACCUCCCGACACCGCUCCCGACACCGCUCCCGUACUACCAGAAGUACAUGCGCAUCGUGCCGAACUUUGAGUUUUUCAGUGAGGCGGGCGCGCUCUUCUGGCCGCGGUACGUCGCGCCCAAGGCCGAAGCCGGCAUCUUCAGCCUCGACAGCCAGGGCCGCCUCAUGUCGGAGACGUCGUACGGUGUGCACUACUUGUCGACGGACCCAUAUGGCGACUUCCAGCUCGUAGAGUUCCUGCCCGAGCCCUUCGUCGACCUGCGCAAGUGGUACUACAUCUACUGCAACAUGAUCCCGCCGUCCGGGCAGUUCGCUGGGGGUUACAAGGAGCUCAACUGUAGCGGCGCCUUCUUCCAAGUCGACACGUUCCAGUACUGCCCCCUAUACGACGAAUACUUCGACACCGGCUCAGUGAUCGGGUCCGAUAUGUCCGACACGUCGCCGGACUGCUUCCCGAUGACGUUCUUGGUCGUGCCGAUGUGUACCUGA